UUCUUGUAUUUUGAAUUACUUAUCGUGGGGCUUUAGUGGCGCUAGCACUAGUUGUGCCAAUGAUGCUGCCAACUCGUUUUUGUACUUCGUGCGUAUAUUCGAUUACUUUACCUGCUCGAUAGCUAACUGUUGUCUGGAAAACGCAGCCGGAGCCCGGAGUGUAACACAUUGUAGAAGUUUUCUAGUUUGUUUACCAAAUCAACAGCAACUGCAACAAAAUGGGGCGACGCUCCAUAAAUACCACUAAAAGUGGCAAAUACAUGAAUCCCACGGAUCAGGCGCGCAAGGAGGCACGCAAAAAAGAGCUCAAGAAGAAUAAGCGCCAGCGCCAAAUGGUGCGAGCAGCCGUACUCAAAAACAAGGAUCCCGCACAAAUAUUGGAAGAAAUGGAGAAGAUUGACGAAAUGGAGUACAAUGUGCUCCAGCCGUCGCCGCUGAAUGAGAAGGUGCUACGUGACAAACGUAAGAAACUAAAGGAGACUUUCGAUCGCGUCAUGAGACUAUAUCACAAUGAUGAGCCUGAGCACUGGGCGGAACUGAAACGCAAGGAGGUGGAGUACGAGAAGAAGCGCCUUAAAAAGCAGCAGUACUAUGAGAGCGUAAAGCAUGCCCAGAGUGUGCAGAUCGAUGAGAUUCCCUUGCCAGCACCGGUGACAGCAGCUAAUGCGAAUGGUGGCAAUGGCAAUGCCACCAAUACCGCUUCCACUGCUCUGAACAGCAACUUUACCGGCGGACCGGGUGGCAUACGCGUUCCACCGCCGCCAAUGACGCUUGCGCUACCGCCGUUUGCGCCUGGCGCGCCGCCCGGCGUAUCCAAGCGUGAUGGCGACACAACUGGCAGCAGCUACACUGAGGCGGAUAAAUCCAAAGACGAUGAAGACAAGGAAUGGCUGGGUGUGCCGCCCGGACCGCCGCCAGAUCUGUUUGCCAUGUCAGAGCUCGACUCGGAUGCGGAGAGUGACUACGAUGGCGAACCGCUGGGCCAUCCCAAGCAGAGUAUCGAUGAUUUCAUGAAGGAAAUGGAGCAUGUGCACAAGCGCAAGCAUCGCAAGCUGCAGAGCGAUGAGGACAGCGACCAAGACCAUUCUAGCUACAAGGAUGACAACAAGUCAGAUAAUGCUGGUGACCGCAAAUCGCCCAGAGCACGGCGUCGUGACAGCAGAACCAGCAGCAAUGAUUAUGAUGAUUACGAUGACGACGAUGAUUUGGAUGAUGACUCAGACAGCGAUGCAAAGUCGUUCACUGCCAGCAGGGAUGUUCCCAAAACUAAGCCUACGCCUACAGCUGCAGCAGCCUCGAAUAAUCCUGCUCAUGUUACACCAGCUCCAGCGCCGCCCAGAGCGCCUGAACUGCCUGCCAUACCACUGCCACCCAGUAGUGCUCCUGCGCCGCCACAGCUGCCGCCCAUGGGACCGCCUCCGCCUGGUAUUAUGUUCCGACCGCCGCCCAUGCGGCCACCUGCGCCUGGCAUGCCUGAUUUCCGAAUGCGAGUUCCGCUGCUGCCACCGCUCGGAGCACGUCCGCCGCCCAUUUUACGCAUGGGCAUACGCAUGCCACCCGGACCGCCGCCUGGACUGCCGCCGCGCAUGAAUCAUCCCAAGCAGCACAACAACGUAAUCAAUCCGCCGCCAGGCAAGGACCAGGCCAAGGGUAUCACCACCAUAACAGCGAAACCUCAAAUCAGGAAUCUGAGCGCUGAUGUCACUCGGUUUGUGCCCUCCACACUACGCGUCAAACGCGAGGAUCAGCGCCGUGUCGCCAGAGUCAAGCAUGCGGGUGGCGGCCGCGACGGCGGCGGCAACGAGGCCAGCGAGCGCAACAGUCACGUGCCCGCCGCCGAGACCAACAAGCCACCCACCAAAGACGACGCCUAUCUGCAGUUCAUGAACGAGAUGCAGGGCCUGCUCUAGCACCAUAGCCGUAUAUUA